AUGGAUCAGCUAGGAAACAACAACGCUGCAGAGAUGGAAAAUCUAUUGGAGAAAGAAUCCAUGCCUUUGAAUGAUAAAGUGUUGAGCCAUGAUGUUCCAAGAGAAUCAGAUAGCUCUUGUGCCAAAAGAAAAGCAGAAGAAACAUCCCAUUUCGAGAAAAAACGCAAAGGACUCUUUACCGAAGAGGCUAUUCCAAAGGAACUCACUCACAUGGGAAACAAUGUCUUUGUGGGACCCAGCAUUUACAAGGGAAAAGUGACUGUGCACAUCCGAGAGUAUGCCAAAUAUGGUAAAGCUUACUAUCCGACAAGACGUGAACUUUGA